AUGAUAGUCACUAAUCCACAUCCCGCACCUGUUGGACCCGUUCCUCCUCCAGCAACCACCAUGGCUCCAAAUGUCGACAGUCUGGACGAUGAACCAGAAGUUGUUGAAGCUGCGCCCCAAGAGAUACCAACUGAAAGCCAUGAAUUGGCAAAAGCAGACCAUGAGGAAAAAGGUGCUGCUCAGAUAGAUCAUGGUCAGACAGAGGUUCGAGAUCUUGGAUGGGAUCCGGAGGCUGAAGUGCCACAGCCUUUAGUUGGAGGACUUCCAAAUGAAGAGUUGUGGACCUUGGUCAGGAGAUUCAACAAGGUAAGAUCUUAUAUUUUUACUUUGGGGCGUUGACAUACAUUGAGUUGGGACGCUAGUUGACGAGCUCUGAGUAGCAAUUGUACCAUGUUAAAUCUCUCCCUGGACCUCCACUUGGAGGACUUGACCUGAAUAUUGCCGACGAGGAGGAGUUUUCUCCCGAUAAACUACGAGCCAAAAUCGAACGGCUUUAUAUGACAGUGGUCAUCGGCGCUGUUAGUUUCUAUAAGCACAUCGCAAGACUUCGCUCAUGGCGCGAACGGAACCGAACCCUCGCUUUCCUGGGGGUCUACUUCGUAGCAUGGCUUCUCGAUUUUCUCGUCCCGACACUCAUCUCAUUCAUCAUGGUCCUGAUUGUUUAUCCCAAGUCUCGAAGUUACUGUUUCCUGCCGGCUCCGAUUGCUCUGAUCGAUUCCAAGACUGGAGGCGUCAAGAAGCCGAGUGCAGGGGUUUUGGGAAGCGAUGACUCUUUGACUGGGGCUCCUGAGAAGCAUCAAGGAGAGGCGGUUGAACAGGAAGCUAGUAAUUUCGUUAACAGCUUUACCUCCAUUGCCAUCUCUUCGGCUUCCGGGAAACAUCCUCAGGGAGAUCCCCAUAGUCAGGAAGAAGGAGCGAGUAGUGUUGAAGACAGAACCCCAGACCCUACAGAUCUAGCGGUGGGUGCUGCGAAUGCGAAAGACAAGGCUUCAGGAGGAAAGACGAAUGCCGCGCAUGAUAAGACCAAGGAGCCUAUGUCUGCAGCGAUGUGGUCGAAGACUAGACCAGUUAUGCAUAUCAUAACCGAUAUAUCAGAUGGCUACGAAAGAUUUGCCAACGCUUUAUCGCCUACAGCACCAUUCCCAAAGGAUAAACCAAGAAUUAAACUCGCAGCCGUUCUCGCUCCAGUUCUCCUCGUUUCCCUCUUUACCACCUCCUACAUGUUCUACAAAAUAAACGGAUUCCUCAUCGGGUUUGCGUUCUUUGCAGAUCCGAUUAUCUGGCGUGGUUUAGAUUACUUGAACCGAGAAUUCCCACAUUGGCAAAAGUUAUUGGAGAUCAGGAAUACCCUCCUCAAAGGUGUCCCUACGAAUGCUCAGCUUACCAUCACCUUACUACGCAUCGGGGAACACAACAAAGCUCCCCUUCCACCACCACCUUACUCGGGUCCACCCCCUCCAGAUGUUGCACACGAAACCGCGGGCGAGGACCUAGAUCAUCUCGGUGAGUCUCGCUUCCCUACCCCCCAUACAAAUCCCUUCCUAACACACCCAGAAGGCGUCCCCUCCCACGAGCUCGCCUCCUCAAUCCACCCCGAACCACUCUCCCCCGCCGUAUCCGCGAAGAAGAAACACGGCAGUCGUCUCAUCGGGGCCCUCAAAUCCGCGACCAAGGGCGGCAUAGAAACCAUCCUCGGCACCGACCGCUUGAAAGCAGCAGCCGGCUCAGGACACGCCAAGAACCGGCUGGGAGUCCUCAGAGAUGGAUUGGAGAGGGGGGCUGGUCCUGUUGCGUUUCCGUGUAGGUACCAAGGGAAGAGGGGACAUGCGUAUAUCACGACCACAGCGACGAGUCCGGCCCUGAGUUGGACGACGGAGAGGGAGGAUGUGGAGCCCGUUUGGAGUGUGGCUAUUGGGGAUGUGAUGGUUCGUUCUCCUCCCCCCCUUCUUUUCAUUUUUAUUCUUCUAUUUUUGUGGGAGUGAAACUGACAGGGUGUGUACAGGAGAUCAAGAAAGUAGGUGGGCUGGGGUGGAAGACUAAACCUGUUGUUGGGUGGGCGACGUCGAGGGAGAUUGCGGAUGGGAUUAUUGUUGUUGAUAAGGAGGGGAAGACGAAGCAUCUUACUGCUAUUGCUUUACGCGAGGAUUUGUUUAAUCGUCUGAUUGCAAUGGGGGAUCAGAUGUGGGAGGCUUGGUAAGGUGGUGUAAAUAUACUGGUUCAGUACUCGUACAGUACAUGUAAUUUAAAGCGGUGUCAUCAUUGAAAAUGGCAAAAGAGAGCUCCUCCCAGGGUUCAAAUACCCGAG